UCCCUCUCCUUUCACCCAUUGAUUAUUCUCACACUGUUUCUCUCAACUUCAGACUCGUCCAUUUUCAUUCCAGUUUCCGCCAUUUGUGUUUCUCUUCCUUAUGGCCAUGGCUCUGCACCUCUGUGUCACUUUCAAUUCAACCACUUCCAGUUUUCCUCAAGGUAGAAAAUGCAAGUACGAAGGCCAAUCAGUGAGAGCACUUCCUAUACGUAUAUUAUCAGUGGGGAAGAAGCGAUCACCCGGACUUCAACUCAUGGUUGAUGAGUAUGUUGAUAAGCUCGGGUACUAUUGCAGUGUUGAGGACGUUCAAAUUCGGACAAAUCCUCGAAAUGCACGUGACCAAAGGGCUCAGGUUGAUGCUGAAGAUGAGGCAGUAAUGAACCUUAUAAGGUCUGAUGAUUGGGUUGUGAUGUUGGAUGAACGUGGGCUAGACAUAGGAUCUGAGCAAAUGGCAGAGUUGGUGGGUGAUGCAGGAAAUACUGGUGCUUCACGGAUAUCUUUUUGUAUUGGUGGUCCUUAUGGUCAUGGAAGAAAAAUAAAGGAACGGGCUAACUUAUCAAUCAAGUUAUCUUCACUGGUCUUAAAUCACCAAAUAGCAUUACUUGUACUCAUGGAACAGCUUUACAGGUCUUGGACAAUUUUAAAAGGACAAAAGUACCACCAUUAGAUAUCCUUCUUAAUCUUCGUAUCUAUAUGUCUGUUAUGACCAAUCGAGCUUUCCUCUGAACCUUUUAUCUCUUGUCUUCUAUUUAACAUAAUUUCCUUUUUUGAAUUUUGGGUGAAAGACCGAGUUGUCUUGUUAUGUGUGGUUGAAUUUGAUUAUAUAAGUGUGUAUACGAAGUGACGAGAAAAAUUGGUAGGUGGUGGUUGUUUUUUUUUGUUUAA